CCUUCACAUUACAUUUCAUUUCAUUAUACCAAAAAUCAAACGCAGCGCCCAACCAAAUAAACACCAACAACCAAACUAUUGACCUUAUUUAUCAACUUCGCAUUUUCUUUGUUCUAAAGAGAACUUUAUUUUCAUUCAUAACAUAACAAUUAAUCAUCUCGACAAAAUUUAGGGUUUGUUAAGCACUUAAACCAACUAUGCUAAACCUAAAUUCGCGACUACCUAGAAUUGGAGCUUCGAUCACUAAACACUUCUUCACAAGGAAUUAUACAUCUAUGUGUAAAGCGGGAUAUACUCGAAGCACCCGAAAUUAUUGCCUUCAACCUUCGUUUCAACAGAAUUGGUUUACUAAUUUAUACAAGGGAGCCAUGUUUGAAAAGCAUAAUUUCCUGUCAACAACGACUUCUAGCAGCACGGCUGAGAGUGGGAGUGAACAAAAGGAAACAAUAUCUGUGACUUUUGUCGAUAAGGAUGGUGAGGAAAAGCUUCUAAAAGUCCCCAUUGGAAUGUCUAUGCUAGAAGCUGCUCAUCAAAAUGACAUUGAACUUGAAGGAGCAUGUGAGGGCUCACUUGCUUGUUCAACUUGCCAUGUUAUAGUCAUGGAUGUAGAUUAUUACAAUAAAUUAGACGAUCCCACUGACGAGGAAAAUGACAUGUUGGAUCUAGCUUUUGGACUUACUGAAACGUCACGUCUAGGUUGCCAAGUGAUCGCUAAACCUGAACUUGAUGGAGUUCGAUUAGCUAUUCCCGCUGCCACUCGAAAUUUUGCAGUUGAUGGUUAUGUACCGAAACCACACUAAUUAUUACUAGAUUUUUUUUGCAAUGCCAAGAACCCAGCUAUCUCAGUUUUGUAACAUCAAUGAGUUAUAGAUAAAUGAGCAUUUAUUGAUUAUAGGCAUAUAUUUGGUACUGAGUUUAGUCGUGAUCACUAUGACAGACCAAAGAGAUCAAUCAGAUCAUGGUGGAAUAAACUACGUGUGUUACUAUUUUA